GUUGUGAUCACUCGGCACCGUCAUCGUCUUACUGUUACUCCUGUGUUGGUCAAAACCCAAUUACACUACUCAUUAGAGUUUUAAAAAGGAGCCUGCAAAACUAAACAAAAACGUUUCUGUGGAACAGAAAGCAUCACCAUCUAUGGCCAUGAACCAAGCAGCAGUGGUGCAGGUGGCUCUUGGGUUCAUGGGUCUGUGCUUGGCUGGCUACAUACUGGGUCCGCCUCUCUACUGGCACUUCAAGGAGGGUUUAGCCGCCGUUAGCCACUCAUCCUCCGCUUGCUCUCCUUGCGUUUGUGAUUGCUCUUCUCAGCCGCUUCUCACCAUCCCUCAAGGAUUGAGCAAUGCUUCUUUUGCGGAUUGUGCAAAGCGUGAUCCGGAGGUGAGUGAAGAUACAGAAAAGAACUUUGCAGAGCUAUUGACAGAGGAACUGAAGUUGCGGGAGGCUGAAGCUUUAGAGAAUCAGCGGCGUGCUGACAUGGCUCUGCUUGAGGCGAAGAAGAUGACAUCCCAGUAUCAAAAGGAAGCAGACAAAUGCAAUUCUGGGAUGGAGACCUGUGAAGAAGCAAGGGAAAAAGCUGAGGCUUCAUUAGCAGCACAAAAGAAACUGACAGCAAUGUGGGAGUCAAGAGCUCGUCAGAGAGGAUGGAAAGAAGGGAAUGCCAGGUCUCGCCCCCAAUCUCAGUGAAAGGUUGAGUCCAUGUAGUAUUCUCAGUUUAGCCUUUAAGUAUAGAUAACUUCGUUGCUAGGAUGCCUUUUGAAACAAAUACGUCAAAAGGCCAAAUUCUCUAUUUUGCUACAAAUGUUUAGUUAUGUUCCUCGUGUAAAACUCUGGAAGUAGAAAGUGAUUUAUUUUUACUUUUUAAUUUUAAUUUUUAUUGUAGAAACAUCUCCGUCCCUGUUAUCACCCGUAGGAUGCAUCAGUUGGUUGUAUCUUCGUUGUCUGAGGGCAUGCUGGCUUUAUAUAUUUGGUGUUUAACAUUGCUUUUGAAUCAAUAUAGCACUGCUGCUUCUCCCA